AUGGCAUCGUGGAAGAAAACAAUAGCAACACCAUUCAAGAAGGCAGCAACAUUCUUCAACCAACCGCAGCAACCGUCACAAAAGGGUUGCCAUGGAGGAAGAAUGGAUGCUAAAGCAAGGGAAGAACACGAGAGGAGGAUGGCACAAGAGCUUCAAGGAGAAGUCAUGGCUUGUGGAUACGACGAUGUUCUCGUCAUGUGGUCUAUUCUCGACAAAUCUAACUCCUCCAAUAACCUCACUUCUUAA